AUGGAUUUGCCAUCUAGUGAGUCGUUGUUGAAGACAAUUGAGAGUGCACCGAUGACGAAACCAGUGCCGAGGCCCUUUUCGAUAGAGGCGUUGAUGAGCGAUUGCGGCCCUAGGAGGAGUACCGGGAUGGUACCUUGGGGCAUACCGCCGGCGUACCAACACCAGGGCCAGUACCAGCAACUGAAUAGGGAUACCGAUUCGGAUGGGAGCGUCGAUAUGGAUCUGGCACAGGAUUUGUCUAAUAGGAGUCAGAAGGAUGCCACCUCAGACCUCGAGGACGAAGAUGACCCCCCCUCCGCCGACCCCUCUUGCCCCUCCUCCAAGGCGCGUCGCCGCCGCACCGCCUUCACCUCCGAGCAGCUGCUCGAGCUCGAGCGCGAGUUCCACGCCAAGAAGUACCUGUCGCUCACCGAGCGCAGCCAGAUAGCCUCGGCGCUGCGCCUCAGCGAGGUCCAGGUGAAGAUCUGGUUCCAGAACAGGCGCGCCAAGUGGAAAAGGGUCAAGGCUGGCCUUGGCACCGGGCCGCACCACCACACGGGCGGCAAGGGCGGACAGCAGAAGGGCAAGCUAGUGGUGCCCAUCCCGGUGCACGUGAACAGGUUCGCGGUGCGGUCGCAGCACCAGCAGCUUGAGAGGGCCCUCGGGGACCUCGCCGGGCGUGUCCUGGCGAGUCACGCGGCCCUGAGAGCCGGGUUAGACCUGCACGGGUUCCAUCCGCACCAGGCACCGCCGCACUAG